ACGUCAGUCUCCUCUCCCCUCGGCCAAUCAGAUCGUUCUAUAUGACUGUACUUCACCCGGCCGGCCGCCUCUCGCCCAGGUAGACGGGACGUUCAGCGGGAAGUCUUCUCUCUCCACACCAUCAUGGCGAUGAACGGCACAGCAGACAUCUUGAGCUCGGCCUAUCUGGCGGUGGAGUACGUCGAUGCGGUGCUGCCGGAAAACCCCUUCCAGCCCUCCCUGAAACACGCCUGGGGCUACAUGCUGGACAACUACACCAAGUUCCAGAUUGCCACCUGGGGGUCGCUCAUCGUCCACGAGUUAAUCUACUUCCUGUUCUGCCUGCCAGGAUUCCUCUUCCAGUUUAUGCCCUUCAUGCAGAAAUACAAGAUCCAACAGGACAGGCCUGAAACCUGGGAGAAACAGUGGAGAUGUUUCAAGAUGCUGCUGUUUAACCACUUCUGUAUCCAGCUUCCUCUGAUCUGCGGGACUUACUACUUCACCGAGUUCUUCAACAUCCCCUACGACUGGGACUCCAUGCCACGCUGGCCGUACGUCCUGGCUCAGUGCUUUGGCUGUGCUGUCGUUGAAGACACCUGGCACUACUUCCUGCAUCGCGCGCUGCAUCACCGCAAGGUCUACAAAUACAUCCACAAAGUCCACCACGAGUUCACCGCUCCGUUCGGCAUGCAGGCAGAAUACGCUCAUCCUGCUGAGACUCUCAUCCUGGGCGCCGGAUUCUUCAUCGGCAUCAUGCUCUUCUGUAACCACGUGUUCUUCCUGUGGGCCUGGGUGUCCUUCCGCCUGCUGGAGACCAUUGAUGUCCACAGUGGUUACGACAUCCCCUGGAACCCUCUCCACCUGAUCCCGUUCUACGCCGGCACCCGUUUCCACGACUUCCACCACAUGAACUUCGUUGGGAACUACGCCUCCACCUUCACUUGGUGGGACAAGCUGCUGAAGACCGACAGCCAGUACAACAAGCACAUGCAGAAACAGGGAGACAAGAAGGAGCAGUAAACCACUCAGAUCUCUGUUUUCACACCUGUUCUGUCGGGGAGAAGGAACAGGACCAGGACCCACAACGAGAACACAAACACUGCUGCUUUUUCUCUCAUUCCACGUACUGAAACAGACACACACAAUCUAAAAGUGUAUUUUGAAUGAAUCUGGACCGAGAAGACAAUUUUUCCAAAAUUUACAUUGCAAAAAGAAGUAGAUCUAAGAACGGUGGAUAAAUGUUUUCUGGUGUCACAAGUUCACAACCGCAAAAUGACUCAUCGGACUGUAAUCCAUUUGGUUUGAUAAGCAGCGGUUCAGUGUCCAGGUCAUUUCUUCACAUCAGGAAAUGGCCUUUUAAGCAACAUUUUAAGAAAGACAGAGCCCUGCCUCUGGUGCUCUAUCCAGUUCUAAUCAAACAUCCAUGAUCAGGACUCCUGUGAUUUGAUUCCGACUGUAAUCGGACUGCAUGCCGACUUCAGUCCGCCUCGUGUGCCUUUCUGCAAAAGCAGUAUUGUUCUUCUGUCAACAGCUGCUGGCUAAAUAAAAACCGUCAACAUCCUCAUUU